AUUCAUCCAGUUAUUGUUUUAUUAUCGAAAAUGUAUAGAUCUUUUAUAUAACUGCCCCUUUUUAUAAAAUAGAUCUUGGCGAUGGAUGCUACCUCAAAAAAUGGUCGUGAUCUAAUCAUGUUCGCACGGAAUGGUUUUACAGAUCAAGUGCGAUCUUUAUUGCAAGCUGGUGUGAAUGCUAAUAUUCAAACGCAAACGGGGGAUACACCUUUGUCAUACGCUUGUGAGAAUGGUCAUGAUGAAGUCGUUAAGCUGUUACUGCAAUAUGGCGCUGAUCUGGAACAUAGAUCAGAGGGUGAUAGAACUCCACUUAUGAGAGCGUGCAGAGCAAGUCAUCUGCAGAUAGUUGAAUUCCUCAUUUCAAUGGGUGCUGAUGUUAAUCGACGAACAAAUGAUGAUCAUACUCCUCUUUCAUUGGCAUCCAUGAAAUUGCUGCCAUUUUGAUGAUCAUGAUGCCAUUUUGACAUAAUAGACCUGCUUAAAGCAAAAUCUUCCCAAAAUUUUAAGGUAUGUUGUAUUUGAAAUAUUUAGAUAAAAAUAUGAUGAAGUAUCAAUAUUUAUAUAACUUUCAUUAAUAUGUAAUCUAAUGUAUUAUAGGAUAACUCCACCAUACUGAUAGAAGGGGCAAAAAGUGAUCAAUCUUCAAAUUCUCAUUCCAUGAGUGCCAUCCAGAGCACAUCCGCAUUAACAAUAUUACCACAACAACAACAGCAGCAGUAUAGUUAUCAAUAUAUACCUAACCGUCAGCAAAGAUGCAUGCCAAAUCUUC